AUGUAUCAUUUCGCUCCUACUGAUACAUUUUACGACGUCGAAGAAUUUAUCAAUAGAGAAAUUGAUGACGAGCGAGCUGUCACAAUUCUAGAAGAAGACCUACUUGCAUCAAAUUCCUUAAAUUCGGAACAAAAGAAUGCAUAUAACUUGAUACUACAAACCUUACUGUCAAAUGAAUCUGAUGCAUUUUUCAUUGACGGUCCUGCUGGUACUAGUAAAACUUUUUUAUACAAAGCUCUUCUAGCUACAAUCAGAUCAAAAAAUAUGAUAGCACUUGCAGUUGCAUCAUCAGGCGUUGUUGCAUCAAUCUUACCUGGAGGACAAACAACACACUCAAGAUUUAAGAUUCCAUUAAAUGCAGAUAAAGAUAGCACUUGUAAUGUCGUCAAACAAGGAAGUCUUGCUAAAUUGUUACGUCUUACAAAGUUAAUUAUAUGGGAUGAGGCACCUAUGUCUACAAAAUAUUCCAUAGAAGCUUUGGAUAAAAUGUUACGAGACAUAAACGAUAUAGAUCUCCCUUUUGGUGGCAAAGUUAUUGUUCUCGGUGGAGACUUUCGACAAAUACUACCUGUGAUUCGUAAGAGUACAAAAGAACAACAAAUCGAUGCAAGUUUGGCUUCUUCUUACAUAUGGUUAAUCUUGAAAAAAAUCAAAUUAACAGAAAAUAUGAGAGCUAGAUUAGAUCUUGAUUUCUCUCAAUAUCUGAUUGAAGUUGGCAAUGGUAAUGCUCCAAUAACAAUUGAUGAAAAUAUCAAGAUUUCACAACAAAUGAUUGUCCCUUAUAACAACGAAGUUGAAUCUCUAAAUUCUCUGUUAGAUGUUGUUUAUGGGAAUAUGUCAAACUAUUCAAACAAUUUAACAGAAAUGGCAAAUCGGGCUGUGUUAACUCCAAAAAAUCGAUCAGUUGACGAAAUAAAUGAUAUUCUCAUUGACAGAUUCCCUGGCGAUAUAAUACGAUAUUAUAGUUUUGACGAGACAGUUGAUGCAUCUAAACAGGGAAUUAUGAAAGAUUUCUUAAAUACAUUAACACCGAAUGGAUUACCACCACACGAAUUAUUACUUAAGAAAAACUGUCCUAUUAUGUUAAUUAGAAAUAUUAAUCCUUCAUAG